GGUCACACUGAGCACCGCGUGCAGUGAAUUUUUGGCCAGCAGCGCAGAAAAAGCAGCUGAAAGCUGGAAAAGACAGCACGAAUCGCCGAGCGAGAAGAUUGAGACGCGCGCCCGCCUUUUAGAGGAUUGCCAGCCACCGUUUGCCGUUCUUGUUUUUUGGGCCCCGAAUCCGGAAUAUGAGUGAUACGCGUGAGCAGAUUCUGGAGCAAAUCAAAGUGCAAGGCGAUCUCGUCCGACAGUUGAAGGCAGCGAAGGAGUCGAAGGAGAAGGUUUGAAAAGUUGCAAGAAAGUUGUUGCAAGAAAAGAAAGAAAAGAAAAAUUAAGAAACAAAACACAUGUUGCGUUCAAUUGGCCGCCAGUGGCGCUGUAGUGCUGCGUUUCAGUGUGCAACGUUCCAGACGGCGCCCUCUGGCGGCGGGCGCGCCAACUCGUCCGGCGUUCCAGCCCAACAAUGGCAACAACAACAACAAGCACAAGAACAACAACAACAACAUGAGCAACUGCUGCAGAUCGAUGAGGAGGUCGCCCGCCUGCUGGCCCUCAAGGCCACGCUGGGCGGAGAUGCCGCCCCCGCCAACCAGAAGUUCACGCUGAAGACGCCCAAGGGCACCCGGGACUAUGGCCCCCAGCAGAUGACCCUGCGCCAGGGCGUCCUGGACAAGAUCGUCCAGGUGUUCAAGCGCCACGGCGGCGAGGCCAUCGACACGCCCGUCUUCGAGCUGAAGGAAGUACUCACGGGCAAGUACGGCGAGGACUCGAAGCUGAUCUACGACUUGAAGGACCAGGGCGGUGAGAUUCUAUCGAUGCGGUAUGACUUGACCGUACCGCUGGCGCGCUACCUGGCCAUGAACAAGAUCUCGAGCAUCAAGCGCUACCACAUCGCCAAGGUUUAUCGCCGCGACAACCCGGCGAUGACCAAGGGUCGCUACAGGGAGUUCUACCAGUGCGACUUCGACAUCGCCGGCACCUACGAUCCCAUGCUGGCGGAUGCCGAGUGCGUGAAGAUUGUGUCGGAGAUCUUGGACACCCUGGACAUCGGGGAGUAUGUGAUAAAGCUAAAUCACCGCCAGCUGCUGGACGGCAUGUUCCAGGCGUGUGGAGUGCCGGCAGACAGCUUCCGCACCAUCUGCUCGGCGGUGGAUAAGUUGGACAAGUCUCCCUGGGCGGAUGUGCGCAAGGAAAUGGUGGAGGAGAAGGGCCUGGACGAGGCGGCGGCGGAUCGAAUUGGCGAGUACGUGCGGCUGAGUGGCGGGGCCGAGCUGGUGGAACAGCUGCUGGCCGACGAAAAGCUAAAGGCUGUGCCCAAUGCCGUGAAGGGUCUGGAGGGCAUGCAGUUGCUGCUCAAGUACUGCUCCAUCUUUGGCCUGGAGAAGCGCGUUAGCUUCGAUUUGAGUCUGGCCCGAGGCCUGGACUACUACACCGGUGUGAUCUACGAAGGCGUGCUCAAGGGAGAGUCCGCCGCCGUGGCAUCUCCUGCCAAGACAUCACAGCAAAACGGAGAGCAGGCGAAUGAGCCGGCAACCGUGGGAUCGGUGGCUGGAGGUGGUCGCUACGACAACCUGGUGGGCAUGUUCGAUCCCCGGGGCAAGGCUGUGCCCUGCGUGGGCGUCUCCAUUGGCGUGGAGCGCAUCUUCUCGGUUCUGGAGGCGAGGGCUGCUGCCAGCGGCCUAAAGCUGCGCACCAGCGACGUGGAGGUGUACGUGGCCUCCGCCCACAAAGGCCUACACGAGCAGCGACUGAAGGUGCUGAACCAGCUGUGGGACGCGGGCGUGAAGGCGGAGCACUCUUACAAGCUGAACCCCAAGCUGCUGGUGCAGCUGCAGCACUGCGAAGAGCACCAGAUCCCCCUGGUGGUGGUCCUCGGCGACGCGGAGUUGGCCCAGGGAAUGGUGAAGCUGCGUGAGGUGACCACGCGCCAGGAGAGCAACGUUAAGCUGGAGGAUCUGGCCGCCGAGAUCCGGCGACGGCAGCAGGCCGCCUAGGCUGUUUUUUUUUUAACUCUGAUAUUAGCAACAAAAUACCGCUCCCGCUCCUAAUUUAUGAACCAUCCAGCAUCGAAGUAUAUUUUUUUUCCUAUUUGUACGUUUUGUAUUUCUGGUGUCCUGGCCGGAGGCGCCACGUGCUACUAUGCUUAGGUCUACAGUGUAACCAUAGGAAUAAGUGCGGACAACUUAUACCAAAAUGAACGCUAAAAAGAAACAAAUAAACGCUUAGGCGACUCGCAUUUAAGCCGGAAA